UUAUUCGCGUCAAAAACUUUCGCUGUAAAAGUCAUGGAAUCAACUCUGGGUCUUAGUAAAUAGAAUAGGCGCUUGUCGGGAAACAUACAAUUUACUUCAGAAAUACUUUUGUAACCAAAAAAUAUUAUGUUUUAUUGGGAAAAUAAAAACAAAGUGAAAAACUAAAUAAUAAGUUAAAACAACUUUUUACUCUUUUUUAACGGCUAGGAUUUAAUAAAAGUGGAUAACGGGGCAAAAGCGUAAUGUAAAAACAAUAUGAGACAGAAAACGUCACCUUUAAACCACAGUGUUUCACGCGUUACUACAAUGCUUCCGUUUAAAAGUCAAAGACAUUUACUGACAUCGUACUCAAAUUUAUCCGAGGAAAGAGAAAGAGCUCAAAACAAUUGCAUUGACAGAGUAUCAUUUGAUGAGCUAUCAAGAAAGGUAGAUUGGUUGGUCGAAGAAGUACAUUAUUUGCGACAAAUAAUUGGAACGUAUGAAAAGCAAAGGCGCAACAAAAGUUAUAAUAACGAUGAUCAGCCUUCCAAAUCAGACAGACAACAUGAGUUUGCAGGUGUUUCAACGCCACACUACGGGCGCAUCUAUCGGCCAGAUAUCAAUCGAUGCAAUUCAAGAAGUAGCUACUACGAUCGCGAAUCCGAAUCAAGUCCUUAUAACCAACCUCGAAAAAAUAGUUUCAAUUUGUCAAAUACAGAACAAGAAGCAAUUAGAGAAAAGAGAAAUGAUAUAGAACAUAAAGGAGACACUAAUGAUUUUGCAUCUAAAAUGCCUCAUUAUUCAAAUUUAUACAGAGAAAAACGUCCAUCCAGCGAAUUUUCAGAUUCUCCUCGUAGAAGAGAAAGUGAUAACGAAGUAAGUCAAAACAUUGUACCGAUGCAAGAAGCAAGAUUACAAACGCUAUUCUCUACAACGAAUAGUAUUAAUAUAGCUGAAACUAUUAUGUUGUGGCAGCAUGGUUUGAAUGACAUACCUCCUGUUAUAAAAUGGUCUACUGAAUUAAAAAAAAUGUAUCGUGAAAAAAUAAAAGAUUGGUUCAGAGUAUUUCAUUUAUUUCAGACGUUAUGCAACGGAAACAUUGGAUUGUUUAUUUCACGAUAUACAAAUUCGUUAGGUCACAUGAUGAGCGUUUCACAAGUUGCCUCCAUGUGUCCAAAUAUAGAUGCGGCUUUUGAAAGUUUUUUGAAUAUGAAAAGUCCCGCGUCUGAAUUUUUUCCAUCGUUUCCUACACAAGAAGAGAUUUCGGAAAAAGCGGACAAAAUACACGUUUUGCCACGCAAAAUAAACGGCAGAAAAGUUUCAGCGAAAGACGUAAUUGAACUAUGGGAAAACGGCAUUGGGGAUAUACCUCCAAUUAAAACGUGGAGUAAAACUCAAAAGUUUAAACAACAAAGCAAAAUUUCUCGAUGGAAAAAAAUAGUUGACAUUUUCAAAUAUCAAUGUCACAGAGAUAUGAAAAAGUUUGAAGAGAUAUAUACUGACAGCCACGGGUGCUUGCUGCCUGUAGCUGCCAUAACUACAAAAUUUGAAACUAUAUAUGGCGACGAAUUAAACAUAACAAGCAAGCUGAUGACUGUUACAACAAACGACGAUGACCGCCAUCAUGAUAAUAAUAUAAAGCUACCAAGACAUGAAAGUGAAGGUUUUCGAAAAAGAAAACACGAAGACAGCCAAACAUCAAAUGAAAUUUCUUAUGAUGAUUCCAUUUUUGACAAUCAAUCGCCGCCAUUCUCAACACAGAGUAUUGAACAAAUUUCGAAACCAAAAAAUGAAGAUAGUUGUAUCGAUUACAAAAUGCAAGGUUUCAAGUCGUUUACAGCUACAAAACAAAAUCCAACAGGAUAUCUUAUUACUGAAAACAUGGAUGAAAUAAGACGGCAUUCUUCUAGCUCAUCUGUUUCUUCAAGGUGCGACAUGCUUGAUCGACAAUUUAGAUAUGAUUCAAGUCGUAGUAACUCUUUCGAAAAAGAUUCUUUCAGAAAACAAAGCGACAGUGACGCACAAUCAAACCAGACAACUAUAUUGGAUACAAAAGAAACUGCAAGCCAAAACAAUGAAAACCCAAUAGUUCACGUUGUAAGCCCUUCCGUUAUAAUAAAGGAGGAAGAAGAAAGUUCGGACGAAGUAGAGAUUAUUGACAGCCGAUUCUUAGGGAACUAUGAUAAAAAAACCGCAGAGUUUUCUAUUACUUUUGAUAAUCAAUCGUCUCCUAGCAACUCUGAUAGUGAAACUAAAGAAUUCACUCUUGAUAUGAGCCCCGAACCUAUUAUCCCAGAAAAUAUAAGUGUCCUAGAAGCAAUAGAAUUAUGGAAAAAUGGAUCAGCCAACAUUAAACCGAUUAAAGACUGGUCAAGUAGUAAAAAAGCUCGUAAUAAAUUAGCACAAAAAAUUGAGGAUAUUUUUUAUAUAUUUCAAAACGUAUUCAAAUCAGACUACGCAACCUUCAAAAUUAUGUGCACUGAAAAUAACACCUUAUUAACAAUUGAUGAAUCACUUGCAAAGUUUAGUAAACCUUUAAAAGAACGAACUAAUGAAAUGGACCUUUGUAAACCAACUGCAAACUCGAUGACUUUUGACUUUUCCCAUCAUAAAACCGUAUCGGCAAAUAGCGAUGUACUUUACUUGCUACCGCGUAAAAUAAAUGGAAAGAAAGUUAACGCACGCGAUGUCCUUCAGCUAUGGUACUACGGUUUAAACAAAAUACCACCUGUUAAAAAUUGGAGUGCUCAGCAAAAAUCAGUGCAACAAAGUAAAAUAUCACGCUGGAAAAAAAUAGUUGAUUUAUACGAAAGGGAUUAUAAAGGAGAUUGGGAUUUGUUUGAAAAAACUUAUUCAAACGGAAACGGUCAACUUAUUCCUAUUACCGCUAUCAUCGCUAAGCGGGAAGAAGAACUUUUAAGAAAUUCUAGCGAUGGAUCUAUGGUGAUACAAUAUAAAUCUUAUUCUUCACAACCAUAUGAUACACUUACCUCAGUAUAAGAACUGACCACGAUAGCAGUAUACUCAUUUAUUUUCAAGUUUAAUGAACCUAAAUUUACGUAACCAUCAAAAAAAUCUGUGCUAUUUUUUGAGUAGUAUAUUUUUGACUUUUUUCGAUUAAAACUAACAAGAGCAGCUAAUAAUGAGCCAACAGGACAAAUUAAACUAAACAAAAGAAAAACUUUAUAAAACUAAAAUGCAACUUGUUAAAUAAGUUAAAGAAAUUAAUUUUUUACAUUUAAUUUAUAAGCGUUAUUUAAUUUUUUAUUACAUGAUAGACUAGAGCUUUUGACUCAAAAAUUGUCCGAAAAGAUUGAUAUUACUUACUCAUG